GAAGAUCUGUUGCGCAUGCAGGCUGUCGGGCUAGUGUUUUUCCACUCAUGCUGCUGUCUAAUGGUCACCCAUUUUAAGAGACAAAGGUCAGAAAGAAAAGCUUAUAAAUUACAUGUAGUCUUGCAAUUCUGUUAUUCAACACUGAGACAUCGCCCAAGAGACAAGGGACUGCACACUUGCAAGGAAUAAAAAGGAAAUAACAAUACAGCAUGUCUCAGAAGGAGAAGCUCCAAUGUCUGAAGGAUUUUCACAAGGACACCCUGAAGCCGUCUCCUGGGAAGAGCCCCGGGACCAGGCCUGAGGACGAGGCGGAAGGAAAACAUCCACAGAGAGAGAAGUGGGCGAGCAAACUCGACUUUGUCCUGUCCGUAGCUGGCGGAUUUGUCGGUUUAGGGAAUGUGUGGCGCUUUCCAUACCUCUGCUACAAAAAUGGCGGAGGUGCAUUUCUCAUCCCGUACUUCAUUUUCCUGUUUGGUGGAGGUUUGCCUGUGUUUUUCCUGGAGGUGGCCUUAGGCCAGUACACCUCUCAGGGUGGAAUUACCUGCUGGGAAAAGCUUUGCCCCAUCUUUACAGGUAUUGGUUAUGCUUCUAUUGUGAUCGUCUCGUUGCUGAAUGUGUAUUACAUCGUUAUCUUGGCCUGGGGCUUGUACUACCUGUUCCAGUGCUUUCAACCUGAACUGCCUUGGGCCAAGUGCAAUCAGCCCUGGAAUACAGAGAACUGCAUUGAAGACACCCUCCGCAAAAACAAGAGCCAUUUGAUUGCAGCUAACUUCACCAACUUCACCUCACCAGUCACUGAAUUCUGGGAACGGAAUGUGCUGAGCAUCUCCAGUGGCAUUGAUGACAUGGGCGUGGUCAAGUGGGACCUUGCCCUGUGUCUGCUGGCUGUCUGGGUCAUCUGUUUCUUCUGCAUUUGGAAGGGAGUCAAAUCUACAGGGAAGGUUGUUUACAUUACUGCAACGUUCCCGUUUGUCAUGCUGAUUGUGCUGUUGAUCCGUGGGGUGACUCUGCCAGGUGCUUAUGAGGGAAUCAAGUUCUAUCUCUAUCCAGACCUCUCCCGCCUAGCAGACCCUGAGGUGUGGAUAGAUGCUGGGACUCAAAUUUUCUUCUCGUAUGCAAUCUGCCUGGGUGCGAUGACAUCACUUGGAAGCUACAACAAAUACAGAUACAACUGCUAUAGGGACUGUUUGCUGCUGGGAGGCCUGAACAGCGGUACCAGUUUUGUGUCUGGCUUCGCAAUAUUUUCCGUCCUGGGCUUCAUGGCACAAGAGCAAGGGGUGGACAUUGCCGAUGUGGCAGAGUCAGGUCCAGGCUUGGCCUUUAUUGCCUACCCUAAAGCAGUGUCAAUGAUGCCACUGCCCACGUUUUGGGCUAUUCUGUUCUUCAUAAUGCUUCUACUGUUGGGCCUCGACAGUCAGUUUGUCGAAGUAGAAGGCCAGAUCACUUCAUUAGUUGAUCUGUACCCAUCCUUCCUAAGGAAGGGUUACCGGCGGGAAAUCUUUAUCGCUACAGUGUGUUUCCUCAGUUAUAUUCUGGGGCUCGCUAUGGUUACUAAUGGUGGCAUGUACGUGUUUCAACUCUUUGACUACUAUGCAGCCAGUGGUGUGUGCCUUUUGUGGGUUGCAUUCUUUGAAUGUAUUGCUGUAGCCUGGGUUUAUGGCGUUGAUAAUUUCUAUGAUGCGAUUGAAGACAUGAUUGGUUACCGACCAAAUCCCUGGAUGAAAUGGAGCUGGUCUGUGAUCACCCCUGUCCUUUGUAUGGGUUGCUUUAUCUUCUCCUUGGCGAAAUACACGCCAUUGAGGUACAACAAAGUCUAUGAGUACCCAGAGUGGUCAAUUGGGCUGGGUUGGUUUCUGGCUCUUUCGUCCAUGAUAUGUAUCCCGAUGGUCGUUGUCAUCAAGAUCAUUCAGUCUGAUGGACCUCUCAUUGAGCGUAUUAAAGCUGUUGCUGCUCCAGCCAGAGGAGCGAGCUCACGCCCUGCUGACUACCACACCAAGGGCAAGGAGAGUGAGAACCUGGAUCCCAACGGGAACAACGGUCUGAUAAAGCCCACCCACACCAUUGUAGAAACCAUGAUGUGAGCGCUCUCUGUGAGAGGAAUAAAGACCUGCUUCUUGUUAUAUUUGCUAACUGUAGGACCAGGUUUACAUUGCUAUGUAUCUGCACAAUGAUUUCCUAUUUGUACAGGGGAAAUUGCAUAUUGUUUCUGUUGUGUUUUACUAUUUUUUUAAUUUUUUUUAUUGCUGUAGUUGGAAGCAUUGAUCUCAUAAUGAGUCAGUAUUUUCAAAUAGGCUAUUUUAAAGGCCUGUUUUUUACCUCCUUUUCUGUAGAUAGUGGAAUGAAAAUGGCCACAAGUAGGGGGACGGCCAUUUCCAGUAUAUGAACUAAAGUGUAUUGUGUUUGAAAGUGACAUUACAAUUUGUCGGUGUGUUUAAGAAUGUAAACCUCUUGAAUCAUCAUGUUUUUAUGCUAAAGUGGUAGUAUCCUAUAUGGCAAGAGUCUUUUUGUUGUUGUUUUGUAAAAUACAACUCCAUGUCACCUAAGCCAGCAACACAAUCAGCCAAGCAUAUCAUUGGGAGAUUCUGACCAGUUAUAAAAUCCAGGAUACUCCAGUAGGCACACUGUGUAACCGGCACAUCAAAGCAAGUGCUCCUGAUCCCAGUGGGUUCAGAUAUGCACCCUUUGAUUUGUGUUGAGUGUUUUUACUAGGUGGGACAGCCACCUAACAACACAACACCCAUAUCACUUAACAUCAACCCAGCUCUUAAAACACCAAUGAACGACAUGCCCUUCAUAAACAAAAAGACUACUUUACACAAACAUCAUUUAUAUUGACGAUGAAGCCUCAUGAUCUGUUAAGAAUACCUGCAAUUAAAACUUCUAGUCUGAGCUCACUGCUGACCUUUUUAAUAUAUAUAUAUAUAUAUAUAUAUAUAUAUAUAUAAAAUAUACAAAUAUUAUUUAAACAAGAUUUCUCUCUGCAACAUUGUCAAGCUUUAACACCAACUUGUGUUCACAAACCCCCUAAAAACAAACCUUUUUCUUUUAAUCCACUAUCUUACACAGACAAAAAAAAAGUUGUUUUUUUAUAUAUAAAGAGAAAAUGCAAGUCCCAGAGAAGUCCGUUUCUAAAUGUGGUGUUUUUGUGUGUUUAAGAAAUACUAAUCAAGGAUGGACUAAUCGGCAUACCCCCAUAUUAUGUUUUCAUUUUAACAAAUAUAAUAGUGUGUUUGUACACUACAGCAAAGGUUGUUUACCAUACUCCUAUCUUUCCAAAAUGCUUUUCAAAUAGUUUUAUUUUAAUUAUUGUUUUAUUUACAAACUGGUUAUUUGAUUUUUAAACUUGUAUAUAUUUUGUGUUUUUGUUUUUUUUUAAAUCACACUUUUUGUAAAAAAGCUCAUCAGUCAAGUAAUUGGAUUCAAUAAUGUAAUUGGCUUAAAUUUUGCUUUUGUUGUGCAAUACUUUGAUAGAAAGACAGCUUUUGUAAUGAGUGGUAGAGCAGUGGCUAUGUCAAUGUUAAGGUAAUAUUGUGCACUUUUUAUUUUUAUAAGAAUAAGUAUUGUUGAAGAAACUAAACUUUAAUAUAGCUGCAUUGUCAACGAAACUUGCAAAUUCACAUAAACCACAUCCGAUAAUCUCAAAGAAAAAACAACCUGAAUAUUUCCAUUGUAAAAACGAUGCUCAUCAGAAAUGCAUCCAGCAAAAUUAAUUCACUAUUGAAGAUACCCUUAUUAAUUUUAAAAGGGUCAUUUUUUUUUUUUUUUAAAUAAAGUUUGGACACAAAACUUCCAACGCAGGACUUGAGCAAGGUGCACAUGAGCUUUCUCCUUGCAUUUAAACCACUGCAUGGGCUGGAUAAACGAUUAUCAAACUCCACUUCAUGCAGAUUUAAACAAGGAUGGUUUUGUUAUCUGCUGUUGUGCAGUUUAUUUGCUCAGUUUCUUAACAGAUUUACAAGAGAAUUAGGCAACUCUGACUACAUGUGUAGGUCUGAAGACUGGCAAUGGACCAGAAAUCCAAAUACUCCAGUCUCCAAGCCCUGUGUCCUUUAUUACUUGACAACAAAGUGCUGGCGUAAGUCGUGGGUAUUUGAGUAUUGCUGUAAAUGCAUAUCCAACACAAUACAUUGUACGUGAUCUGAAAUUAGAUGUGAAACUGUAGAAAGAAAAAUCCACCAAGUUGGAUGGCGACACUACUUUCUGUUGGCCCUUCCACCACCACUACUAUCAAGUAAAAGAGCACUUGCUUUUAAAAUAGCAACCUGCAUUAUUAAAUGUCAGUUACUUUGCUACAGUUUGAAACUGCUGUAAUUUUUCAAAUGAACUCUUUUUAACAAAAUUUACUGCACCUUAAUGUGCUGAUUUUAAACUGAAGCUUGUUUGCUCAUAAUGGAUUGUUUUUCCAGUUUCACAUUUAACAUCGUCACAUGGUGUGAUUUACUUGGAAUGUGUUUCGGUAUUUAACCCCGGAUGUCUUUCCAGUGCUGUGCGCAGACACGAUUGAUAGAGAGCACAUGUGUCAAGUUCUUGGAAACAAUUGGUCUUGGAGCAAUGGGUUAAAAUAGUAAUGGAUGACAUCAAGCAAUUUUAAAGGAACACUGCCCUCAUCAUUUCAAUGAAUUUUCCCUUACUUCCCAGAUUAGCAAUCGAUAUGUAAACCAAUCAAAAAUGUUAAGCUACUGAAAUGAUCAGACACUUGUGGCCAAUGUCAAUAUUUGUAAUUUUGAUUGUAAAAUCAAGCUAUACUGUUUGAACCAUAAUGGUUAUUCUUUUAGUUUGUAUCUAUUUAUUAAAUGAAGUGAAAAGGGAGAUUGCACCGAGCACUUAAUCUGAAAUUCCACAGAAAGCUCUCUUCAAAACAGAGACCAAAACUGACUGUAAUUGCACAGUCUUUGCUCUGAGAAGCCAGGGCCAUUGGAAACAUUUUUUUGAAUCCAAUUAUGACUCCCUUUGCAGGUUGUUUUGAUUUAUUUGAGGGUCAACAUAGCACAUAUUUUAAGGAAAACCAACAAAUUGCUGUACAGUUUAAUCGCUUUUUACAGAGCUUCUUUAUACAACGUGAUCAAUUUUCAUGAAGCUUGGUUUUGGUUUGGUUAAGGUUUCAGUCAGGUUUUGGUCCAAAAGGAUCAUUUAAAUAAUAAAUAAAAUUAAAAAAAUCAAAUGUUACCAUGUAAGUGGUUUGCAUAAUUAUCACCCAAUCGAAUACCAGACGUCAUUACUUUUGACUUAAACUGAUCAAUAGCAAACUUGCAGUUUUGUCGGUGGAAGGUAAUUGUAAUGUAAUUGUAGUGUUGAGUCAUAAUUUAGGCUGGAGUGAUGCUGGCCUGACAAGAUGUUCUUGUUCUACCCAUUUCCUGUACUGUAAUACCAAACUUAAAUCUGUGGCAAUAUUUCAUAUAACUGUUUUACACUUCAUAGCUUGUGAAUUUUAUUUAAUAGUUUUUUGCAUUUUUAGAGAAAACAAACAUAUUUUGGUAAUAUUUCUUUGCUUUGAUAGACAUUUGUAAUUUGACAACUUUGUGAGGGGGGGGG